UGUAACUACUUGGUAUCACGAAACGUUCCUACCACAUCCACAAAGGAGAUCGAGACAUACAAUCAGAGACUGAAAUCAAGAUUUCGACGAUGGUGCAGAUCAGACUUUGGCUCUUAUCCAGCCUGGUCACUGUGUUGCAGUAUGCAUCCAAUGUCGAAGCAGACGGCACCGGUCUUCUUGGAUACGGCAAAACUCUCUACAAUCCAACAUGCGCUUUCGCCUGUCGAAGUGUCAUUCGAAAACAAACGCUGUCAUGCACACCCACGGAUUCGCACCAAAACCACGGAACCGCACACAAUCCAGUGUCCACACCGGCGAAAUGUUUCGUAAAGGAUCCCACAUUCCUGAAGACGAUGGCUCUCUGCAUCGACACCUAUUGUUCACUGAGCGACAAACCUAAGAUCUCGUUGCUUGAGGAUUACUGGGCCUCUCACUUGGGAACUGGAACACUGGGAGAUUAUCAAUACGUGCCUGUGAUGAGCUACAAAGACGCUUUGGCUGCGGCACGGGAAGAUGAGAACAAUGCAACAACGGCAACAGGUCUCGGCAUCACAUCUGCUUCAGUUCCCAAGGGACUUACGCCAUACAAGGUAUCCAGUUCAUUGCCAAUUACGACUGGCGGUAGUGGCUCUCUGAACAAGACAUCUUUGGUUGCCCCUGUGCAAUGGCAAUUGCAAUUCAAUUACCUCUCAGACUUCGAGAUCAACGAAAAGGGCCACAGUACAAUGACGAUUGUGAUCGUGGUUGUAGCAAUAGCUGUGCCUAUUCUACUUUCAUUAACACAGUUUAUCCCAGCAACAACAGUCAAUUCUGGCUGGAGUCGCUUGAAGGCGGUUCUAAUAGAUGCACCAGUCUUUGGAAGAUACCAUCGCACUCCAGUUCUCGGAGGGUUGGUUCCCACACGAGGACAUAGUCUCUACAUCUUCCUAAUCAGCCUGCUCAAUCUCGUCCUGCUCGUGGCUCCAUAUACCAUCAAACAGCCCCAGGCCAGCUUCACCACAAAGGGCAAACAACUCCUCAGUAUCAUCGGCAACCGUGCUGGAACAAUGGCCAUGGGUAACGCGGUGGCCUUAAUUCUCUUCUCCUCUCGAAACAGCUUCUUGCUCUACCUUACCGACUGGAGCUACAGCACCUACCUACUUUUACACCGUUGGCUCGGAUACUGGACCGUUCUUCACACGAUCAUUCACUCUGCGAUGCUCUGCAGCUACUACGUCCAAGCCGGCUCGUACUCCGCCGAGAUCUUGCGCCUAUAUUGGCAAUGGGGAAUCGUCGGCACGGUCGCAGUAUGUGCUAUAAUUCCCUUCUCUCUCCUUGUGAUUCGACAAAAGCUCUACGAGUUCUUCAUCGUCUCGCACAUCGUCCUGUCUCUCCUCUUCCUGCUCGGCUACUACUACCACAUCUGGUACGUCUAUACGUACAACUGGGGCUACGAGAUCUGGAUGUUCAUAGCCGCAGCGGUAUGGGCAGUGGAGCGAUUGGCCCGACUCAUUCGGAUGGCCGUGCAAGGUAGCAACACUGCGGUCGUCACUGUGCUACGAGACGGAGACGACGAGUACAUUCGAAUUGAUAUCGAGGGCAAGGACUACAAGGAGGGUGUUGCGUAUCUCUGCUUCCCAUCCCUCAGCUGGCGUUUCUGGGAGACGCACCCCUUCUCCGUGUGCUAUUCCAGCUCCGACUUUCCCCAAGCAUCUUCAUUGCACUCCCACUCAGACGCAGAGUCCAACACCAGUUCCCGGCCGAAUCCCGACCCGGAAAAGGGUCCUAAUGGAAACGUCACUUCUGUGGAAGCGAGGGGCGUCGACAUUCGAAACCGUACGUCAGGCACGACAUUCUAUGCCCGCACUCGCAGUGGCGUCACCAAAGCUCUCUUGAACAAAGCUGCUGCAUCAGAAGGCAGACAAGUCCGUCUGCGGAUCCUAGUCGACGGCCCGUACAACCACUCCGGACGCGUCCAUUCGCAGCUUGAGCGGUGUAGCAGCAUCCUAUGCAUCACAGGUGGCGUGGGUAUCACGGCAUGUCUUGCGUUUUUGAGGGACAGCAAAGCGAAAGAUAUCCAUCUGUUCUGGUCGAGUCGAAAAUCGGGACUUGUCGCAGAUUUGACGCCCACUUUGAACGCACUUCCCUCGAAUGUCAAGGUAGAGACGCUCGUCGGUCAGCGACACGAUUUGGAUUCCAUCAUCCGUCAGGCGCUGUUGAAUGAUACUGGUAGUGGUCCUCUGGCAAUUUUGGUCUCGGGUCCUCCGGGCCUAGCGGAUGAUGUACGAGUCAAGGUUGUGCAAACUGUGGGUAGUUCGAAGCAAAGUAGACCUUAUUUGUUGUUGGAUGAGGCUUUCAGCUGGUAGAGGCUUCUAUAUUCGAUACUUGUGCGAUGUUGAGUACCGCGAAUCAAGACUGAUUUGCACGCGUUGCAUGGAGCAUUUCAUAUAAUUGGUAAAUAUUAAUUGAUAGUCAUUCACUCUAAACGUACUCCAUAC